AUGACACAGAACACGCAAAGACCGACCAAGCAGUCGUUCUUCGGUUCCCUGCGCCGUGACGCUCACUGGAAAUGUCUGAUUCUGACAGUCCUCAUCUGUGGUUGCCUUGGCGCCAUAGCGUGGUGUCGUGUGGCCAUCAUCACGACCGUCGUUGUUAGUUACUACGGCUCGCGUCGGUCAGACAAGACCAUCACGCAGUCGAGCCCGUGUGAGGACGGGUACAUCUACAUCCCUGUGGCAUUUGUCAUCAUGUUGUACCUCGUCUACCUGGUGGAGUGUUGGCACAGCCACACGCGCAUCGAGUUGCAUCACAAAGUGGACGUAGGAACGGUGUACGAGAAGAUCAGUAAUAUGCGUAAUGCCAUUCCUAUAUUGUGGUGGAAGGCACUCUGUUACCAUUAUGUGAGAAAAACGCGUCAUGUGACCCGAUACAGAAAUGGUGACUCUUUCACUACUACACAAGUGUAUUACGAGCGCAUCAACUCUCACACCGCUGGUUCUGCCUUUAACUUCUCUCAGUGUGGGGUCAAGGACAUGUCAUCCAUACUGCAUGGUCUAGAAGACUACCCUGCCACAAAGAUUAAAUUCAGCAAGGGAUUCUCGUUCGCUUCUGUUGACGCCGAGUGUGAAUUUGAUGAGCAGAGGAGCCGCUUCUUCCGCGAGAAUGAAAGACGAGACGACUACAUGGAAACAAGGGAAGGCAUGGACCUUCUUAAUGUCAAUUUCAAGGAAUACAUGAUAACCUUCGCCGAUCCUAAUAAUCUGCCUUGGUACGUGUCUCACGUUAUAUUCUGGAUCGCCUCUAGUUUGCUUAUGUCUUGGCCAUUGAGGGUCAUAAUCGAGUUUAAGACUGCUUAUGUCCACUAUCACGUACACAAAGUGUUUGGAAAUAAUUACGUUGAGUGUGAGCCCCCAGACCCUAUAGCACAAUUAACAAGGGUCAACACAAUGACUAGCACCGAGCUGGAGUUAACUAUUCAGAACAAUUAUGCACUAGUGCCCAGUUAUUCCGAGGCACUCCUCAUGGCUUCCAAUGUGACUUAUGAAGUUCCUGAUGCAAAUGGUAACGUAUCCACUUCGCCAAUAUACGGUGCUAAGCGGAGUGUGACGUAUGGGUCGCUGUCAUCUGCUACCAAACAGGAUGCCUUGCAAAGACUGCCAUCUGGCCCAAUUUCUCCAUCUCUCAGACGUUGUCAUAGUUACACGAUAGUGAAUGGGGGACUAGUUAUUCAAAAUGAUAUGCAAAUUGAUCUCAGUUUUCCAAACCGUCCUAGAAGAAAAUCGCGCCGAUUUAUAGGUCCAUGGAGGCGGGAGGAUACACCUAGCAACCCCGUUAGUUCACCGUCCUCUCCCCAGGAGUGUAUGGUGGCCAUAAAUACACAAACAUCUACCGUUCGUGUUCUAGGCUUAAACAGGUCACCGAGAACAAAGACAAAAAAUAGCCCAGAGACAAGUACAGUGCGAUCACUAAACUUGGAGAGAAGGACAUGUGCUUUUCCCCUCAGGUCGCCAAGCGCACAUUCGAUGGGUCCAUCAAUGCUCCGGUCCGCGCGGUCCGGGCUUUCGGAAGAUUCUCUCCCUUGUUACGAUGAUGCCUUGUCGAUGGACACGCCUUUAUUUGAGAACGAAAAUGACAGUCCAUUUAGCUCAAGACUUACUCGCACAGAGAGUGCUAGACAACCUAGCACAUCCCAGAGACAGCAAUGUAGGACCAUCAUGGAAACGUCUCUUUAG